UGUAAAGCACAUGGACAGAUCGAACAAACUGAAUCAUGGAUGUGUUGGGUGCAGAAAACAACGAUAAUGACAUCAAAAGAAAGAAAAAUGAAGGUGGCAAAGCAGUGAAACCAAAUCGAUAUUUUGUUGUCCCAUCUGACCAGGCUAGUUCCAGUGAAAAGUUGCAAGAAAAAGAACAAAAGGAAAAGAAGAAUGAAUGUCCUAAACAGAAACACAAAGGUACAAAGCCAAAAAGUUAUGUAGCAGAUCCUGGUGAAGAUGUAAAAGUGUUUGACUUGGGUACAAGUAGAAAACUAUACCAACAGAAACACAGAGAACGACAUGGCAAAAAAGGAAAACAUGGAGGAGAAUACAGAGACUUCAGAAAGGAGAAAGAUCCUUUUCCAGGUGAUGCUCCGUUACCUGUAGAGAAAAUGAAGAAAUAUCAGAGAGGAAACCAAACUGCUACAAAAUGGGCCAGAUCGAAAUUGGCCAAGAAUGAGUUUCGUAUGAGAGAAAGGAAGCUGGAAGCAGCUGUGAAACAGGCAGCAAGAUCAGAAUACCUGUUGACAGAGGAGGCCGGGUACCUUGAAGGAGAUGAGAGUAGACAUACUACAGAGAUAUCCCAGAAUGACAUUGUAGCAGCUGUGGACAUCAUGAGUGCACAAAAACAUUUUGAACUGAAAUUGAAUGAUUUUGGACCUUAUCGCUCUCAGUAUACGAGGAAUGGGCGAUUUCUGUUGUUGGGCGGAGCUAAAGGCCAUAUUGCAGCUAUUGAUUGGUUGACCAAGAAAUUAUUGUGUGAAAUCAAUGUCAUGGAAACAAUUCAUGAUGUCAAAUGGCUUCAUCAGGAGACCAUGUAUGCAGUAGCUCAGAAACAAUGGACAUACAUCUAUGACAACCAGGGUGUAGAGCUCCAUUGUCUAAAGAUGGUGGACUGUGCCUUACGAUUAGAGUUCCUUCCCUUCCACUUCCUGCUGGCCAGUGCGAGUUCAAAGGGUUAUUUGUCUUGGAUUGAUGUGUCUAUUGGCGAAAAGGUAGCAGGACAUACAACAGGUUUAGGCAGAUUAGAUGUGAUGUGUCAGAAUCCAAGCAAUGCUACACUGUGUUUAGGACAUGCUGGAGGUACUGUGACGAUGUGGUCGCCAAAUGUGAAGGAACCGUUGGUAAAGAUGCUCUGUCACAGGAAUGGUGUCCGAUCGAUCGCUGUGGAUCCACAGGGAAAAUACCUAGCGACAUCAGGUAUAGACAGGAAAUUGAAGAUUUGGGAUAUCCGUACUUACAAGAUGCUCCAGUCAUAUCAAAUUGGAAUUGGAGCUAGUGCUCUAGCUUUUAGUCAGAGGGACAUGCUAGCUGUCAGCAAGGGCAAUAUAGUGGAGAUAUACAAUGACUGCUGCAGACAGACAGUUACCUCCCCUUACAUGUGUCACCGUCUCCCAGGGUCGGUAACAAAUCUCCAGUUUUGUCCUUACGAGGAUGUACUUGGUGUAGGCCAUCAACGAGGCUUUGAGAGUCUACUUAUCCCAGGUGCUGGUGAGCCUAACUUUGAUGCUCUGGAGGCAAACCCUUUCCAGAGUAAAAAUCAGAGACGUCAGGCUGAGGUCAAGAUGCUUCUAGACAAGAUCCCAGCAGAUAUGAUCCACCUAAAUGACAAGAUUGGUGAGAUUGACAUCAAAACUUUCAAGCAGAGGAUUGAGCUGACAAAUACAAUCAAGACAUUAAAGCCAGAAUUGAUGGAUUACACUCCAAAAUAUAAAAUGAAAGGAAAGAAUAAAGGAAGGAAAAGAGAACAGAGAAAGAAGGGUGUGGUGGAAGAACAUCAGAAGGAACUAAUCAGAAAAGAAUUGAAGAAAAAGACCGAAAAGGCACGCAGUGACAAGCAUAUGGAACACAGAGCCUCAACAGCAGGAAAUGUGCUGAAAAGAUUCGAAAAGACACAGUCAUGACAAUGUUACAUGAAUUUGUAAUAUUAAAUUUGUUUGUUAUGAAA